UCCUUUCAUAAGACUUGUGCCCAUCGAAACUAGGUCCAUGUCGCCGGCAAUGCGACGCUGUGGCUCUUGCGAUGCUACGGCAGAUACGCUCUGGGCCUGUAAUCGACAUUGGAUGCAACAGCGCAUUGGCAUCCAGCCUCCCUUGCCUGGUUUCUCUUUGGGCAGCCAGAGUCGGUCCGCAGGCGUCCAAGAUCUGAUGGGCUGCCUGAUGAUUGUCGCUUCUGCACAAGUUGCAAGCAUCUUACUGUACUAUAACUCAUCCCCCUAGCCUGACCAGUCCAAAACAAAGGAAAGCCACUCCGGCAAAAGGUCUCUUUGCAUGACCACCGCAGCUGCAACAGGGGCACACACAGACCACUUGACGCGGCCAAAUGAACUGGCUGGAUUUGGUAUCAUCAUUAUUAUUAGCAGCAGAUGGUUGGAUUAGUAUGCAGGCUGUAUUAUUAUCUAGAGCACACCUCAUAUGUACGAGUACGAGGAACGAAGAGAGAGGGAAAAGGCGUCUGAAACACCGACUGCACCCCCAUUUUGCCUUGCCUCGCCUUGCCUGCCUUGCUGCAUCGGCCAUGUCCGUCCCGCUCUCAUUCGAGACACAAAAGAAAAAAAGAAGAGGCAAGAGAACGACUCAAUUGAACUGAAAAAAAUCAGAUUUCGUCACCGAACCGUGCUCGUUGUAUGUGCACAGACAGCCAAGGUCCAUGUAUACCUUAGUACUGAAUGACGCAUCUACAGUUCCCAUUAGUACUGCUGUCCUACCUGUCCUUGUAUAAAACCAAGAUGCACAUUAAAGGAAGAACAGGGACAACGCAGGCCAAUUGAGCUAGAGCAAACGCUAGAAUAAGAGAGAAGUAGUACGACAAGAAAAAGAUGAUUUUUAUAUUUAGCAAAAGAAAAUUCAGGAUUUCUGCAGGCUAUUCCUUCAAGGAUGAUGGUAAUUUAUUGCUAUUUUGCCACUCACACCAGGCAAGAGCACCAACACCCUCAUCCGGGCAAAAACACCAACCAUCUCACGCCCCC